AUGCCGCCCAAUGCCACCUCUAAACCCUCCGGGACGAACCGACACCACGCCUUCACGACUCCCGCUCCACUACCCCCUGCACCCCCCUCAAUACGCGGCAUCCAGCAUCUCUCAAUCGUAUCCCCCGACACCGACACCAGCCCCGAACCCAGCCCCUUCUCUUCAACCCUAGCCCAAGCCUCAUCCACCCGCCCAACGCGUUGGCGGUACACCUUCUCGCCGCCCCGUGUCUCCCAACGCCACGCACCCGUGUCCACUCCAUCCCUCCUCCCCUCCCCGCCCCCCGGCUACCCCCCUCGCAACCCCGACCCCUUCGCCUGGGACCGCAACCACCCGCCCACCUGGCCGGUGAUCCACCUGCCGUACCACGGCGCGGCGCAGCAAGCGCAGCCGACGUCGAUCGAGCACAUGCUGGUGCACGUGCACUACAAGGGCCGCGGAGCGCAGACGCUGCGCCAGCUGCUGUGCGACGCGAUCGACGAGCAGGAGACGGAGGAGGAGAAGGUAGAGCUGGAGAUGCGGACGUUUUUGAGCUGGCCGUUUAAUGUGGCGGCGGAUGGGGGCUGGAAGGAGGUGAGUGGGGUGAGGAGGGAGGAGUGGGGGGUUUGGUGGGGGUUGAGGAUGGAGGAGUUAAGGCAGGAGGAAGAGGAGCGGGAUGAGAGGGAGGAUAAGGAGUGGGGGAUGAUUUAG